AUGAGCAUCGAACUUGAUCCUGCCGAGUUAGGAUUUGAACGUCCUUUCAAUCACGAGGUAACUCGAACACUUCGCAUCAAAAACAACAACUAUGAUCCUGUUGCCUUCAAGGUGAAAACAACCGCCCCUAAGCAGUACUGUGUGAGGCCAAACUCCGGCCGUAUAGAAGCUGGAAAGGAUGUCGAGGUUCAAGUCCUCCUCCAGGCGAUGAAGGAGGAUCCGCCACAAGGUUACAAAUGCCGUGAUAAGUUCCUUGUCCAGUCCGUUGCCAUCACUGCAGACAAGGAGUACAACAGUGUCCAGCAGAUUUGGGCGCUUGUGGAAAAGAACGAAAAAUCCGCCAUUCAAGAGAAGAAGAUCCGUGUCACGUUUCUUGAUCCCGAUGAAAAGGCAAAUGCGCCUAAUGGGGAAAUAGUCCAAGACAUCUUAUUCAAUGAUACCCAGUCCCGCUCAUCUCCCCCUCCAUAUACCUCCCCCACGCCAUCGGAUGAACCAGCGACCUCCGGUACCCUACCUGCGCCGGCUAUUAAAUCCGAACCCAAAUCGGAUGGGCACUCAUCCACUGGGGACGCUAUUCGAGGUGUCGCCAAUACCCAAUUACAAGAGCAGGUCAAACAGCACCAACAGGGCCUUCGAGAGCGUAAGACCACAGUUGUUGCUUCAGACUCUAAGUCGCAUACCACUGAAAGUGCCACUGGUAUGGGUUUGACCACUCACCCACCGGAAGGUGUAUCCGUCCAAAUCUGUGCUGCCCUGUGUUUAGUAACCUUUUUGCUGGCGUAUCUAUUCUUUUGA